AUUUUGAUAGCAGUAGAAAAUAAUUUCGAGGAUGUUUUCAAAUAGAACAAAUUUAUUAAAAAUUCCCAUUAAACAGCAAAAUAUCCGUCACCUUUGCACUACGUUGACCAAAUCAAAAUCAUUUCGACAAUGGUAUCGUGAUUUAUGGAUAUCUAAUCACCUUUGCCAACCUCCCUAUUGGCAUUUUACCCAAAUUGGUGACCCCAUAUUAAGAACUAAAGCUAGUAUUGUGCCAGAGGAGGCCAUUAAGGAGCCAGAAAUUGCCGACUUUGUAAACCAAAUGAUUAAAAUGUUGCGUAAAUAUAAUUGUGUGGGCAUAGCUGCACCACAAAUUGGUGUAUCGCUGCGAAUUAUUGUCAUGGAAUGUAAAGAAAAUUUGAAAGAAAAAUUCUCCAAAGAAGUGUACUUGGCUAGAGAAAUGUCAACCCUCCCCUUAACGGUUAUGAUUAAUCCGACUUUAAAAGUUCUAGAUUAUGAUAAACGUAAAUUUUUGGAAAGUUGUAUGAGUGUAAAAGGUUAUUCUGCAGAGGUGGAACGCUAUCGAAGCGUUUGUUUAACUGGUGUAGAUGACAGAAAUAACAAACAGUUAUUAACAUUGAAAGGCUGGAAUGCGCGCAUAGCCCAGCAUGAAAUGGAUCAUUUAGAUGGUAAACUAUAUAUCGAUCAUAUGGAUCCUUCAACAUUUCAUUGUACGUGCUGGGAGGUAGUUAAUAGAAAAGCUGGUCGUGUUGAAAUACCUUUCUAUAAGUGAUAUAUAAAAGAUAAGUUUCUCAUUAUAAAAAUAAAAAAAGGAACGCAAACAAAGGCAA